GCUCAGGUGGAUGCCAGGCGCGGCGCAGCAAGACGUGACGGUCAGACAGCAGGUGGACUGGGUGAGACCACACGUCUGUUUGACUCCAGCCAUGCUCUCCUCUUCUACUCCUCUCUACCUGAGCCUCCUGCUCUUCCUGUCUCACCGCUCUCCUGUCCUGUCCUGUCGGAUCGGGAACUCCAGCCAGUGUGACUCGGCUCCCUUUGUACCGGGUCACAACCUGGUGGGGGAGGGCUUUGAUGUGGUCACCCUGCAGCGGAAAGGAGCCUACGUGGUUGAUGUGAGGACCUACCUGACCCCAGCUGGUACCUGCACUCUCUGCUCCAACCCACUCCAAGAAAACAGGCUGCAGAAACUGCCUGUCUCUGCAGUGGACUGGCGUGCCUUCAGCCGAUGUAGUGCCAACAUCCACAGCAGUGCACACACUUCUGUUAGCUCACUGAUUGACACCUACACAUCACAGGAAACUACUGACUGGAAGGUUGGGCUAAAUUACGAUAAGUUUGUCAACUUGGACGUGGGAGGAACUCACUCCCUAGCGUAUAACUUUGCCUCACAGAGGACCAGAGAGGACCGCUAUGCCUUCAGCACACACAGCGUCACCUGCAGCCACUAUGGUUACCGUGUUUCUACCACACCGCCCCUCAGCUCUGAGUUCAGGAAGGAUUUGACCAGACUGCCAAAUGUCUACAGCUCCUCCACCAGGGCUCAGUACAGUCAGCUCAUACAUACAUACGGCACUCACUACAUCCGCCAGGUCUACCUCGGGGGGCGAGUCAGGCGAGUGACAGCUUCGCGAACCUGUUUGUCGUCACUGAACGGACUCUCCACAAAUGAGGUUCACUCCUGUUUGUCGCUGGGUGUCUCUGUCGGCCUGGGAAAGUUGAAACUAUCCGCUAUGCGAGAGUCUUGCAAAAAGGUCACACAGAACAGGGAUGUCUCCACCGGGUACAGCUCUGGUCUCCACCAACACUACACAGAGGUGUCAGGAGGCUCUGGUUGGUUGGGGGAGUUUUCACUCACCCGUAAUGACUCCCUCGGCUUCAUGACUUGGCUAGACACCCUGAAGGAUCACCCGGAUAUUGUUUCAUACUCCCUUCGGCCAAUGUAUGAGCUGCUGCCCCAUGAGACACAGCGGGCAGGAAUGAAAGCUGCCACGGAGCAGUACUUAGAGGACAACGCUGUGAGGAAGUCCCGCACAGAACCAAACUGUGGGUGGAACAUUCCUAACCUGGCUGCCAACUGCUGUCCUUUACAGGCCUGGAGGGGGUCACUGAGGGUGACCAUCAUCCGCGCCUGGGAUCUGGAAGGAGAUCCAGCUGGCCGGACUGAAGGCUAUGCUAAGAUGUGGUUCGGUUCCAUCUAUCGCAGGACUCACAUGAUCCGGUCAAACUACCCCUGGUGGAACGCUAAUUAUAAUCUGGGCAAGGUGGACACUCACAUAAGUUUGUACGUCGAGGUUUGGGACGAGGACUUGCGGCAUGAUGACCUUCUGGGAAAUUGUGAGAGGCCUGUGAUCCAGGGGACACACAGAUUCACCUGCCCAGCCCGCAGAGGAGGCUUCGAGGUCCAGUACACUCUGACCUGCGACCCUCAUCUGACUGGAGACAAAUGCAACCGUUACAAACUGUCUCCAGUGUGACGAACAAUGCACACUUUUCAUUAAUCAGAUUUGUGAAUCUGCUAACAUGAGAGAGCACGUAAUAGUGAUGAGCUGAUAUGUUUAUUUUCACAUAGCAGGAUUCCAAUAUGGUUUUUGUUUUGUUUUUUUUAACAGAUGGUUCUUAAGUUGUUGUUUUUUGUUCAAAUUUUAAACAGGGAGCUCCCAGCAAGCUGUGAGGACAUAAUCAGCUGUGCCGAAACUGUCAAAUCCAGUAUGUGUGAUUUCUCAUGUUAAUAAAAACUGCAUUUGCUUUGUGUCUUUAAAGGGUUAAGGUUAAAAAGAUUUGAGAAAAGAUUGAAAAGUGAAUGUAUGAGGAUAAGGAAUCGCGUGCCACCGACUUCCUCGUACCAUUUUU